CCGCGGAGCGGCGCGGAGAGAGGCGCGGUGCGGCGCGGAACGCCGAGGAGCCGCCGAGAUGCUGAACUCACCCUGGGCACGUUUCUACUCCAACAGCUGCUGCCUCUGCUGCCAUGUCCGCACCGGCACCAUCAUCCUCGGCGUCUGGUACCUGAUUAUAAAUUCAGUGGUUCUGCUGAUUCUGCUGAGUGCCCUGACUGAUCCUGACCAGUACCACUUAACCAGUGCUGAAUUAGGGGGUGAAUUUGAAUUUAUGGAUGACGCCAACAUGUGCAUUGCCACAGCAAUAUCCCUUCUUAUGAUUCUGAUCUGUGCAAUGGCUACCUAUGGCGCCUAUAAGCAACAUGCAGCUUGGAUCAUCCCUUUCUUCUGUUACCAGAUCUUUGACUUUGCUCUCAACACACUGGUUGCCAUCAGUGUACUUGUCUAUCCCAGCACAAUUCAGGAUUACCUCCGCCAGCUGCCUGCCAAUUUUCCCUACAAGGAAGAGAUUAUGUCUGUGAACCCUACGUGUCUGGUUGUGAUUAUCCUCCUUUUCAUAAGCAUCAUUUUGGCUUUUAAGGGUUACUUGAUAAGCUGCGUGUGGAACUGUUACCGAUACAUCAACAGCAGGAACAACUCGGAUGUGUUGGUGUACAUUACCACCAACGACACUGCGGUCUUGUUGCCACCGUAUGAUGAUCCCAUGAACGGAGCUGCGAAAGAACCACCACCACCUUAUGUGUCAGCAUAAGUGAGAGCAUGUUGUGUACCUAGGGAGGAUAGCUUUACUCUUCAGAUAUUGGAGCAAUAGUUUGAUAAUUUCACUUCCAGGUUAUAACCUCAAUGGGUUAUACAUUGCUGUUUUGCUGACAUAUUGAAACCUAAAUUGUAUUAUUCAAAUUCUGUAGAUAGUUUUAAUAAUUUGUUGCAACUACAGUAGAGUUUCAGGAACUAGUGAACUAGUUUCAGAACUACUCUGGGUAGCUCUAAAUUUUCAGUAGACACUUAAAAGCUUUUUCCACCAUGUCUGACAUGCAGUGCUAGAGAACAUAGAACUUUGCAUAUUCAAUCAGGUUCAGAGUGUAACUUUAUUUUUUUUUUAAUUUGUAAAGCUUCCAAAGCAUUACAGAUGUGUUUCUCAAAUACCCACUUUCACCUUCAGAACACAGACGAAGUCCAAAAAAGUGACAUUCCACUUCAUUCCUGUUCUGCAAGAAUUGAUUAAAUUAGUAAGCUGAAGGAUGAUGAUUGAGAAGAAGGAAUCUUAUGUGUUGCUCUCAUCAACCUGGCUAAUGGGAAACAAAUUUAAUUGGGAAAAAUAAGUAUAGGAAAUGAGAAUAGACAAAGCACUCUGUGAUGUGUAACAAGCCAGAACCUGUGGUCUACACAGACUCACUUUGUCCCAGCCUGCAACCAUUCCAAUGCUCAAAAAACUCCCAGUUCUUACCAACUUCUGGUAAUUUUCUUUUCCUGCCUACACACCUUUUUCCUCCCCACUAACUUCACAAAUAGUAUUUUAAGGUCACAAAAUCCCUGCUUUUAAAGUCCCAUGGUUAGGUGACAGAGCUGUGUGUUUCACACUCAAUAUGCAAAUGUUUUGCCACUGGAAUGUGCCUGUAAAUAUUGCAGUGUUCUGCUGAGUGUGAACUAAAUUAUGCAGAUUCUAAGAUAAAUGUUCCCAACCUAUGGGAAACUUAUGCAUGUAACUUCACUGAACAUUAGUCGGUAUGUUUUCAUGUUUCUCAUCUACAUCAAUGUGGGGAUUUUAGAUCCUUUUAUGACUGAACUGGUUGUGCUGAGAAUCCUUCUCAUGGGACUCAUCCAUCCAUGAAUGCUUGUGUGAGGUAUUUAUUUCUUCCCCAGAUAAGUGCCUCCUGCACAUGUAACUUUUUGUCAUUGAUGAAGGUUCUACUUUUAACUGAAAAGGAACAGGAAAAGGGAAUAUAAUGUGUGUCUCUACCUCUCAUUUCCCCGUGUGUUGUCUCCUCUGAAUUUGGGGUGAUAGAGCAGGCUGAAGCCAGAUUGAUGCCAUUGCACACUGUCCCAGCUAAAGGGCAGUGCAGAGCUGAGCCACAGUUUGGAGGGGCACCAGAAGAUACCAAGGUGCUGUCUCUCCUGUGACUGGGCUGCCAUGUGAGUCCCACACUCUUCCUAAGGAGAACACCUGUUCUCACCCCCAGUGCAUUAACUCCAUUCUGCAGCUGAAGAAGAGUGGAGCUUUCCCUGCCUUUUUCUGGAAAAGAGCUUUCCAGGGGAACACAGGACCAACAACUUCCUUGUAUGGAGGUUGCCACUGUGACCUGUCCUUGCAGGGGCCAGAGAAGGAAGAGCUAGACUCUUCAUGCCUGUCUCUUCCACACUCUUGGGAACAGGCAGGUCUCUGCUUGUUGGAAUUUUACUUUGAGGUUCAUCUACUCUGAGGUCAAACAAUGAACAGCAAUGCUUUUGACUGAUCCAAUUUGAAGUCCAUCCAUGACCUCUGUCACAGUCCUACUCCUUCCUUCAGAAUAACUCCAUGUAUUAUUUUCUCAUUACAGUUAUCUUCAGGAAUUAAUAUGAAUUUGGGGUUUGGGCUGGCUGGCUGGGCUUCUGAGCUUCAUUUUCUUUCAUUCUUGUCAGAUUUGUGAAAGAAUUUAAACAGUCAUCUGUUUGAGAAAAGCUGGUUGUAAAUACAUCGCAUCUGUGUAUACAAACUUCUCUACAAUAAAAGGGUGUUUCCUCAUGA